AUUAUUGAGAGCUUGAGAGAUAGCGUACUGCACUGUCGACUAGACUACUACCCUUGCAAUGAAGAGGGCACCGGCUGUGUGUCUUCUGGCCACCUUGUUGGCAUUCUACUUCUUGGUUCCCUCCAUUGCUGUAGCUCUCUCAAGGGUGCAAAAGAUGGCCAUGCAAGAGGAUGGUCAGAUACCAUCGGUUCAAAGCAGCACUCUACAGCCAAAGAUGAAAAAUGAGAAGUUUGUGCCAGAGGAUGAUGAAUCCGUGAUCACCGCGAGGAUGGCCUUCGAGACACAGGACUACGCUCCCCCGGGGCCCAACAACCACCACAAGCCACCUGCAGGCUGGAGAUGAACUCGGGGCUCACUUUUGAUCAGUGUGUCGUGCUCUUGGCUCACGAAACUUGGAGAGCCAGCGCCCGUUGCAAUGUUGUUUGUCCUAGCUAUAAUAGAAUCUACCUAUUCAUUAUGUCACGAAGAGAAAUGUGAUGUUUUCUGUUGUUGACUAUUAUGAUUACUGUUACAUAUGGCCGUGUGGUUAUGUUGUAAUGUGUAAGUUCCCUUAAAAGAUUGAGUUUAAAAGGAAUUAUAUUAGAUUAUUUUUUG